AUAUAAUGUUUAGAUCAUACCGACUCUAUUAGGCAUUUAAUCGAUUUUCUGGUCUUACUAAGUUCACUAAGGAUUAUUAUAAAAUACUCAAAAUUCCAACUACGGCAACUUAAGCCGAUAUAAGGAUAGCUUACUUAAAGCUGGCAUCAAGGUAUCAUCCAGAUUCAUAAACGAAAGAUGAAGCGAAAUAUUCUGAGGUUCGAGAAGCAUUUUAAGUAUUUGAGUUGAUUUAGUGAUAGGUUUUAUCAGACACAUCUCUGAAAAUGGAAUUUGAUAAAUAAUAGGAAAGCAGCAAUGGGUAGGAAUUCAAAUCGAGUUAAUAGAAGUAGGGAACAGCUUAAAAGGAGGAGAUAGAAAUUCAGUUCUUAUUCAAAAAAGGAGAUACUACGUUUCCGUUUAAAUUGGAUGUUUUUAAAUAAAAAUAGUUAUCGAAAGAGGAGUUAGAGAACAUUUCAGUCUAUCAUAUGAAGAAAUUCAUGGUCAUUGAUGGCGGAUUUAAUAAAUUCUUCAAAGAGAAUAUCAGUUAAUUAGUGAAAGGGCUCUCUUGGAUAAUCGCUAUUUUGUCCAUAAUUGCAAAGAAGAAAUGA